AAAACUUACACCACCACCACCGAAAAUAGAUCAACGUCAGCUGAAGAAGCUAUCACCAACGUUCUUUAUAAUACGCCAACGACUCCAUCAUCAUCUCCGAAACGACAUGCAUUAAACUGUUUGGUACAAAAUAAAUUUAAUGUAUUGGGUAGAAUUAGUGAUGUUGUUGUUGUUGAGCAAUCUAGAAGACGAUUAGAAGAUUUGUUCUUGAUUACAACUGUUAUGUGGAAGAGAAAUGUUAUUGGCAAAAAUGUCUAUCUUGGGAUCAAUGAACAAUUGGCUUUAAUUAAACAUGUGGGAUACGAUGAUCAAUUUAUACCUGAAACUGAUUUAGAGAUGUUUCAUCUUAAUGAUGAUAAUAUUGAUGAUGCAAAGCCACGUAUGCCAUCAUCAGUUUUAUGUCCUUGA